AUGUUGCAAAGUUGCAAAGGAAAUGAGCCCUUUGAUGAUAAACCCUUUGGGAAUGGUGGGAAUAAAAAUAAGUAUUCUUUAUUAACAAGUCAGAUAAUGAAUCAAAAGAAUGGUUUGAUCAAAAAUUUGUUAAAUCAUGGAAUAAUACCAAAUGAAGAGCUGAAUGAAGUAACCAUUAUGAGCAUUUUGUAUCAGAUAUCCUUGCAAAAUUUGUGCAAUAGUGAAAAGAAUAUAAAAAUAGGGGAAAGAGAAAGUCGUAUUUAUAGUUCUAUUGUUCGAAAUAAAUAUUUUGGAUUUGGCCAUGGUAUAGGGAGAUCAGGAAACUUGGACGAUGUGCAGCCCAAAAGCACAGGGAACAGCUUAUUGUGUAAAAUAACAACGAAUAUGUUAAAAUAUUUAAUAAAAAGCUUUGGAAUAAAAAAAUGUGAAGAUGUAUAUAUAUUGCCAUAUGCAACGGGUAUGUGUAUAAGUACAUGUUUAUUGUAUUUAAAAAAAGUGAGAAAAAAUAGUGAAUAUGUUAUAAUAUCUAGAAUAGAUCAUAAAACUUGCUAUAAAUGUUUAGAUUUUUGUGAUCUAAAAUACAUUGUAGUAGAUAUGAUAUUUAAUAAUGAUGAAUUAAAUACAGAUGAAAAAACAAUAGAAAGUUUAAUGAAAAAAUUAAAUGAAAAAAUAUGUUGUAUUAUAACAGUAACAUCUAGUUAUGCACCUCGAAAUUCAGAUAAUAUUUUAAAAAUUUCACAAUUGUGUAAGCAAUAUGAUAUACCACAUAUUAUUAAUAAUGGAUUUGGUUUGCAAUGUACAUAUAUUUGUAAAGAAAUUCAAAAGUGUUAUGAUUUAAAUGGAAAAAUAGAUUUUGUUGUUCAAAGUUGCGAUAAAAAUUUCCUUUUACCAAUUAAUGGAGGUAUUGUAUUUAGUUCGAACCACAAAAUUAUGGCAGAAUUAAAAAAAACAUACCCAGGAAGAACGCCAGUUAAUGUAUAUUUAGAUUUAUUUAUUACUUUACUAGAAUUAGGUAAAAAUAAAAUAAUGAAAUUAAGAGAAGAAAGAGUGAAAAAUUUUAAUUGGAUAAGUGAUAAAAUUCAAAAGAUAUGCUCAAAAUAUAAUUUAAAAUUAAUAAAAACAAGUAAAAAUAAAAUUUCUAUUGCUAUUAAUCUUAAUAAUUUAUAUAAAUAUUGUGGAAAUACAAACCCUAAAAUUAUAAAUAUGCUUGGCUCUUUUCUAUUUUAUCGAAAUGUUACUGGGCAUCGUGUUAUAUGCUCUCCUAUUCUUAUUAGACAUAAUAUUUUGAAACAAAUUGAGGAACAAGAAAUCGAAAAUAGACAAAAUAGAAAAAACAAAGAAAUAAACUUGAACAAUUACACAAAAAGUGACAAUAUGAGCGAUGUUUCAGAUUUUGAUGAAGAAAAUAUCCAAGGAAACAUUCCCAAUGAUGAUGUUUUAAAAAUGGAUGGAGAACUAAUUGGAAUAAACAAAUUAAUUGACUUUAAAAAUUUAAAAAAAAAAUAUUAUAAAUUGAAUGAAAAAAAUAAAAUAGUUAUAGGAAAUAAAAUAUUUCAUGAUUUUGGAUCGAGUUGUAGUAAUUAUCCAUAUUCUUAUAUUGCAUUUUCAUGUGUAAUUGGGAUUGAAAAAGAAGAACUUCAAAAAUUUGUUACAAAGCUUGAUGAAUCUAUUGCACAUUUUAUUCAUACUUUUAAAAAAAAAAAUAAAAACAUAUUAGAAGGGGAAAACAAAGAAAAAACAACAUAA